CGCCAGGCUCCGCCUCUGCCGGCUCCCAGUGGCCGCGCAGGCGCAAUGACUCCUGGUUGUACUGCUGCGGCCCGGCCGGGCGGGUAAUAACAGAUGCGGGUAAAAGAUCCAUCCAAAGUUUUAUCUGAGAAAGGCAAAAGAAAUAAAAGGCCUUCGAUACCUCAUGAUGAAGAUUCUUCAGAUGACAUUGCUGGAGGUUUAACUUGCCAACAUGUAAGUCAUGCUGUUAGUGUGAAUCAUGUGAAGAGAGCAGUAGCUGAGAAUCUAUGGUCAGUUUGUUCAGAAUGUUUAAAGGAAAGAAGAUUCUAUGAAGGACAGCCAGUACUUUCUUCAGAUACUUGGUUGUGCCUCAAGUGUGGUUUUCAGGGAUGUGGUCAAAAUUCAGAAAGCCAGCACUCACUGAAGCAUUUCAAGAGUUUCAGAGCAGAGUCCCAUUGUAUUAUAAUUAGUCUGAGCACGUGGAUUAUAUGGUGUUAUGAGUGUGAUGAAAAAUUAUCAACGCAUUGUAAUAAGAAGGUUUUGGCUCAGAUAGUUGAUUUUCUCCAGAAACAUGUUUCUAAAACACAAACAAAUGCAUUUUCAAGAAUCCUAAAACUCUGUGAAGAAAAAUUUGAAGCAGGUGAAAUAAAGAAGGGAAGAAAAGGCAGCAGUGUACCAUCUGUAAAAGGAAUUAUAAAUUUAGGAAAUACUUGCUUUUUUAAUGCAGUCAUUCAGAACUUGGCCCAGACUUACAUACUUUUUGAGCUGAUGAAUGAGAUAAAAGAAGAUGGUACAAAAUUCAAGAUUUCUCCUUCCUCAGAGUCUCAGUUGGAUCCAUUAGUGGUGGAACUUUCAAGCCCUGGACCGCUGACUUCAGCUUUGUUCCUGUUUCUUCACAGCAUGAAGGAGACCGAAAAAGGACCACUUUCUCCUAAAAUUCUUUUUAAUCAGCUUUGUCAGAAGGCACCUAGAUUUAAAGGUUUUCAACAACAAGACAGUCAGGAGCUUCUUCAUUAUUUGCUGGAUGCUGUGAGGACAGAAGAAACAAAGAGAAUACAAGCAAGCAUUCUAAAAGCAUUUAACAACCCAACUACUAAAACGGCUGAUGAAGAAACUAGAAAAAAAGUCAAAGCAUAUGGAAAAGAAGGUGUGAAAAUGAACUUCAUAGAUCGGAUCUUUAUUGGUGAAUUAACUAGCACAGUCAUGUGUGAAGAAUGUGCAAAUAUCUCCACUGUGAAAGAUCCUUUCAUUGAUAUUUCACUUCCUAUAAUAGAAGAAAGGGUAUCAAAACCUGUGCUUUUGGGAAAAAUGAGUAAAUAUAGAAGUUUACAGGAGACAGAUCCUGAUCAGUACAGUGGCACUGUUACUAUAGAAAAUACUCAACCCAGAGCUGCCAAGAAGCAUUCUUCAUCAAAAGAUAAGAAUCAACUAAUUCAUGACAGAAACCAUAUAAGAAAAUUGUCAUCUGGGGAAGAGAAAACUGUUUUUAUAUAUCAGAAAAAUGAAAACCUUGAAACCAGUGGGGAGUUGUCAGUAUAUGCAAACAUCGUGAGUACUGAGUCAUCUCUGAAUGAAAGCCCUACGGAUGGUAGUGAAAAAGAAGCCUGUCAUUCUGAAAGUAGUGCUGAUGCAGACAGUGAGGCUUCAGAAUCUGAAAGUGCUUCAAAGCAGACUGUGCUAUUUAGAUCCAGCAGUGAAUCCUGUAUGUACACAGAUGGGCACCUUCACCACCCAUCUGCAAGUGAACUGCCACACCCCAAGGAGACUGACAGUGGUGAUGAGGAAAUGGCUGAAGCAAUUUCUGAACUUUGUUUGAGCAGCACUGUAAUUGGAAAUAGAGAUUUUGACAGAGAAAGUCAGCUACCCAGUGUUUCAAGUAAUUUAUGUUUUUCAGAGGAGAAGCAUAUGAGGUCUCACAGUUCCCAGAAUGCUUUUCAGACCCUUUCUCAGAGCUAUGUAACUACUUCUAAAGAAUGUUCGGUUCAGUCCUGUUUGUACCAGUUUACAUCUAUGGAAUUACUAAUGGGGAAUAAUAAGCUUCUAUGUGAGAAUUGUACUGAAAAGAAACAGAAGUACCAAAAGGAAAAUAAUUCUGCAGAAAAGAAAGCAGAAGGAGUUUAUACUAAUGCCAGGAAGCAAUUGCUUAUUUCUGCUGCUCCAGCUAUUCUAAUUCUCCAUCUUAAAAGAUUCCAUCAGGCUGGCUUGAGUCUUCGUAAAGUAAACAGACAUGUAGAUUUUCCACUUACGCUUGAUUUAGCACCAUUCUGUUCUGCUGCUUGUAAGAAUGUAAGUGUGGGAGACAAAGUUCUCUAUGGUCUCUAUGGCAUAGUGGAACACAGUGGCUCAAUGAGAGGAGGGCAUUACACUGCUUAUGUGAAAGUGAGAGUACCCUCCAGGAAAUUAUUGGAACAUAUCACCGGAAAGAAAAAUGUACCUGGUUUGAAAGAACCAGAUAGUGAAUCAGGAGGCCAGUGGGUCCAUGUUAGUGACACUUAUGUGCAGGUGGUUCCAGAAUCGAGAGCACUUAGUGCACAAGCUUAUCUUCUUUUUUAUGAAAGAAUAUUGUAAUGAUUUGUUUAAUGGCAGUGAUUACUUAGCUCACUUUUAUUUGAAUGCUGCAGUGGUAACCAUAAUAUGUAAUGUGCCUUUAGUCUUCUCUUUUACAUUGGAAUAGCAUGUCACUCAAUGCUCCUUAACUUUUUCACCAUUUUGGUGAAUCCUUUUAAAGUAAACUAAAUUUACUCUGUGCUUUCAAAUUCAUAUUUUUAAAUGUAAAGAACUUUUUUUAAAAAAUAUUUGUCUUUAGGGACAAAAUAAUCAAAAUUUUUAGUGGUUGAGGAAGUCCCUUUCUGAUAUGGCUCAUUAUUACAAACAUUCAGAAAUAAUACUAGCUAAAUCAAAUCAUUCCUUAAUAUAGUGUUUCCUAAAUGCAUUACCACUUUCCAGAUCUCAUGUAACAUAUACUGUGCUAUAUUUACUAAUUUUAAAAAAAUGUUUUAGCCUUUUUAAACCAUGGUUUUGUUUUGAGCAAUAAUAUUUCACAUUUUAUGUACUUAUUUUUUCUAAUAAACAUUAAAAUAAAUUUAAAACUAUUAAGGAAAAAUUACUCAUCCAUGUACUACACCACUUAAAAUCAUCUCAGGGCUGUCUAGUGGCAUAUGUGUAUUAUUGUUUAGAAAACAUUGCCAUAACUAUAUGAAGUAAUAUCUAAUAUAACAUAGUUACUUUGUCAUAUUUUAUAUAAUUUAGCCAUAUAAAAAGGUAUCACUGUAAUUUUGGUGGUGUGGGUUUACAAAUAAUGUGUUGAUUAGCUUAUAGCUUUGAGGUUUGGGGAAUAUUGAAACAUUUUAUAAACAAACCAUUUACAGCUUAUUCAUGAUAGAGUUAAACAUAAUUUGCAAGUUUCUGGCCAAGAUCAAAAUAUAAUUAUAGAUAACUGACGUAGAGAAUUUAUAAACAGAAGUUGAUAAUCCGUUUCUGAUCAUUGGAUGUCUUUGAAAUAUAAAUGAGCAAAUUAUGUUUGUGCAUAAUAGAGAAUUCUUAUACUUAACAAGGAACACCUUCUAUUUCUGUAUUUAAGUAAAUAUUAAACAUGGUUUUGGGGUAUAAAGAAACCCCCAUUUUUUUUUUUUUUUUUUUUGUCUUUAACAAAUAUCUUUUAAAAGUUCAGGUAUAUUUAGUUUUCACUUUAAUGAGGCACAGGGCUGGCACUUCUGUUCUCUUUUAAAUAAUUAACAGCAAAAAUGCAGUACCUCCCCCACCUCUAGAACACAAAUUAUCAAGCUUUAAAAACUUAGUAUGAAAAUAUUACUAUUACUCAGGCUUAAAUUUCAAAAAAUCAUGGCAACUUCAGUGUCAUAUUAUUGAAUCAAAACAUAAUUUUAUGGUUCUAGCAUCCUAAUCAUUAGUGCCAAUGAAUGAUAUAUAGGCAAGUGUCAGAUAUUUUUUUUUUAGAAAGGAAAAAAGGAUAGGAAUAGUGGCUGUAGAUAAUGUGUAGAAAUAUUUUACCAAGACUGACCUUUUUUUUAAGAUGUAAGUGUACAUUAUCAAGGUUACCAGUGCUACCUUUUGAUACACGAUUGAAUGGAAUUGGAGUUAGUGUUAAAAAUGGUGGUGGUAUACAAAACGAAGAGCUUCAAAAUGUCAUUGCAUAAAAUCUGUUUUUAAGCUGUAGAAAUUUCAGUAGUAAAAUUUUUUUUGGUGGGGGGGGUACUGGGAUUGAACUCAGGAGCACUCGGCCAUUGAGUCACAACCCCAGCCCUAUUUUCUGUAUUUUAUUGAGAAACAGGGUCUCAUCAAGUUGCUUAGCACCUUGCUUUUGCUGAGGCUGGCUUUGAACUCACAAUCCUCCUGCCUCAGCCUCCCGAGCUGUUGGAUUAUAGGUGUGUACCCCUGCACCUGUCUAAUAGUAUAAUUUUUUUCAAUGGAGAAAUACAUUUUUGUUAGUAGGAUCAAUUUGUUGUGUAAAAGAAGUUUUUAGUAUUUUCUAUUUAGUUGUAAUCCAUUAACGAUGAAGAUUUUAUUACCAGAGCAAUGAUUUUUUGAAAAAUAUUAAAUUUAUUUUUUCUUUUUUUGAAUUAGCCAUUUUGGUAAUAGCAGUUGCCAACAAGCAACGUCCCCACCCUGAAAUAAUGUCACCUCAUUCAUUUUGACUAUUAAGUGUCAUUUUGACUAUUUUCACUGGAUAGGCACCCAUUUUUUGUUUCAGAUAGAUAUCUAGAUGAGGCAUCUGUACCUGCCAUGGGUCAUGUACUGUGAUGACACUAUUUUAUUAUCUUUUAAAAUGGAAAGAUGGAUAUAUAUAUAGAUUUUAGACAUUAUUCUACCAGUAACUUGGAAAUCAGAUGUUUUUAUUUUCAUUUCCUUUAGUAUUAAAUGAGCCAAUUCUGAAAUCUAUUUUCUUAUGGCCUGGAGUUUAUGAAAUGCUUUUUUCUUGUCAUCUGAAAAUAGGAAAAAAACUUGAGUUUGAAACCUAGGUCUUUCCUAAAUGUAGCUUUUGUAAUAGAGCAUGCUGAAUUCCAUGAGUCCUGUUGUGUGUGUUGACCCGGGGGAGGUACUGGGGAUUGAACCCAGUGGCACUCUACACUGAGUUAUACCCCCAACUUUUUUUAUUUUUAAUUUUGAGUCAGGGUCUUACUAGGUUGCUGAGGCUAGCCUUGAACUUGCAGUCCUCCUGCGUCAGUCUCCUGAAUCUCUGGGACUACAGGCAUGAGCCUGUCUGAGUCUACUUUUAAAUUUUUGUUUUCAUUUUGAAUUUUUUUCAAAGCACAUUUGCAGGGAUAUUAAAUUGUGAGACUACUGUAAUAACAAUAGUUUCUGGAUUACCUCAGGAAACAGUAUAAAUAAAUUAGAAUGUUUACAUUCAAUACAACUACCAUAGUGUUGACUGAAUACAUUUGUGAAGUAAAACAGAAGUUUGCUAGCUCUGUUUAGAAAGUUGUUUACAGGGUAUGUCUAGCCCCAGAUCCUUCUAGUUUUUCCAUAUUUAAAAUGAUAACAUUUUGAUUAUGUGCCAAUUAUGUGAAUAUUUUGACAUAACCAAAUAUACAUAUACACCGAAGUUUUUAUCAUUUAGUAUUUUUUAAAAUUUAUGUGAAGACAAUCUCUUUAGUUGACUAAAGAGAGUGAUAACUGGUAUCAAUUAAAAGGAUAGUUUAUGUACCAGCAGAGCUAUUUUACUACAUUUAAUAGCUCUUAGUUUGAAUGUGUAAUGACUUUAACCAGUGGUUUUAUGCAAUAGUUAAAUAAAAUUUCCUGAAGAUUAAUGAAGUGUAUUAUCCCUCAUCUAAUUUUUGUAGUACAAAGUAACAUCCUCCCUAUUUUUCUUUAUUUCAUAAUUUAUUUUUCUGCAUGGUACAUGAUCAAAUAAGCUUAAACCAAAAUGUGCAAUAAAAAUUGAACCUUUAGAUAGUGUCUAGUACGUUAUUAAGAAAGACUAUUUCUAUAUUUUAAAUGUUUUUGUUCAUGUAGAAAUUAUCAGUUCAAAUCUGUUUAAAAGAUAUAGGACUAUAUUUUAAAUUUUGAGUAUUAAAUUCAUAAUGUCAUUCCUACUGUUUUAUCUUUUUUUGCAGUGUUUUUAGAAAAUAGUUAUGUAAUUUAUUGAGCAUUAUUUUGUUGUUACUGUAUAAACAUCAUAAUAAAUAUUAAAUUCUUAUUCAUCUUA